CUUUUUUCAGAGGGGAGUUUUGACUAGCGGUAGCAGCGACGGUCGCGGGAUUAAAAACCGAGAUAAUUAUGCGUCAUCGCGACCGCGAUUCGACCGGUCGAGUGCUCUCAUCCACUGAAGGAACGAGUCCAGCUCUUAGCUGAAGUUGAGCUUCCGACAGUGCCUGCCAUGGUGACGGCAAUGUCUGGAGCCAACUACCGAGAAGAUGAGCUCCAGGCCGAGCGAUGUGAGGAAAUAAUCCAGCUCCUGCUCGCCGCCGGAUAUUUCCGAGCGCGAAUCAAGGGUCUUUCGAACUUCGACAAGGUCGUCGGCGGCCUCGUCUGGUGCAUACAGGUGUGCGCCGUCGACAUCGAGGUAGAGCUGCUGUUCAACGAAAACUGGAACAUUGGACGGAAAAUCGCUCUCACUGAAAAAAUCGUGAGAGCUCUGAAGGAUAUGAAAUGCCCCCACCCCAUCGAACCCCAUCAAAUCCAGGGGAACGACCACAUACACGUUUUUCCCGUCGUUCAAUGGCUCGUGAAAAGAGCCCUGGAGACCAGAGAGCAAACCGCUCAACACCACGCAGCUUUCGCGCGGUACCAACUCGAGAAGAACUUCGGCAUUCUGCCCACGCUCCGUAAAUCAGUUGAAGUGUACAAACCAAUAAGAGCCUAUCGUCACAAUGCCCCGGAGAGUCUGACCAGGGAUAUCCUGCUCGAUUCGGUCCUCCUUGAGUACUCAAACCAUCGGUCGGGUGAAGAUAGCGGUCAGAGCUCCUCGAUCCUGAGCGAUAUGCAGCUUGUCGAGAAACAGACGGAAAUAUCGGAUGACGCGAACAAUGAGAAAAUGAAGCAGCUGGUGGAGCGUCGACAGAAAGAAAUCGAGCAGGGCGUGGAGGAAUGGCGCGAAGUUCGUGGGGACGAGGAUGAGGAUUCCCGUCGUAAGGAAAGACUCCUCAAAGAGAUUCAAUGGAAAGAAAAGAGAACCGAGGAGCUCCGUGACAGAGUCGAAGAGCGAAAACUCGGAGUCGCCAGCGCCCGCCAACGAAUGCUUGAAAGCAAAGAGGAGCUGGAAGAGAUGCGUAAGAUCAUUGAAGUCGAGGGAUUCCCGAAAGUUUGCGAUCUGCUCCACGUCUUAGACGAGAUGAAGCGUCAGGAGAGCGAGUUCAAGAAAGAAUGCCGCAAGGAGCUCGAGAAGCUGCAGCAGAUGGUGGCCGAGGAGGAACGCAUAAUCGCCGGCGAAGAUCAAAUGGAAGGAGCCGAGGAUAAAGUAGAUGAAGAAUUUGCACAGGUAGCCCAAAUGAAAGUGAAAAUCGCCAAGCUCAACAGGCAGGUGGGAAAGCUGCAGAGAACGAUUGACCAGAUUCCCACACGCAGUGAGCUCGGCCAGUUCCAGCGGCGCUUCGUGGAACUGCACCAACAAGUGGCAGAUGUUCACAAGGAAACCAAGCAAUACUACACAAUGUACAACACAAUGAACGAUCUCUGCGCUUAUCUAGAGAAAGAAAUCGGUUUAGUGAACUCGAUUCAGGAUAAUUUCGUUCAGGCCAUGGGAUCGUCGUCGAAUCGCGACAUGUUCCUGAAGCAGGUCGAUGCAUCGAUCCAGGGAAUCCGACAAAAUCGCAUCAAAACCGAAAGACGCCGACUUGUCGCAAAAAUGGAGCGUGAUAAACUCCAGUAUGAAUAUUUGCGGCUCGUCGAACAGCAGAGAAUGUAUGUCAAGAUGGUGGCUGAAUUCAAGGAGGAGCUGAGACGAAAUCAGGAGUUGAUGGCCAGCAAGAGCCUGCAGCCAGUCUCCGAAUAG